AUGGACUUAGGAAAGAGCAAAGUUUUGAUCAUUGGGGGGACUGGAUACAUAGGAAAGUGGCUAGUAAAGGCCAGUUUAGAACAAGGUCACGAAACAUACGUUCUCAGACGACCCGAAGCCGGCUUUGACGUCGAGAAAAACCAGAUGCUGCUUUCCUUCAAGAAGCAUGGAGCCCAUCUCAUUACAGGUUCGUACAAUGAUCAUCAGGGCCUCGUUAAAGCCAUGAAGCUAGUAGACGUGGUGAUAUGUGCCAUAUCUGGUGUCCAUGUUGGUAAUCAAAUCCUUCUUCAACUCAAACUUAUUGAUGCCAUCAAAGAGGCUGGAAAUAUUAAGCGAUUUGUGCCGUCCGAGUUCGGGACGGAUCCAUCAAGAAUGGCGGAUGCAUUGGAACCAGGACGAGCAACGUUUAACGAGAAAAUGGUAGUAAGGAAAGCAAUUGAAAAUGCUGGGAUUCCGUUCACAUAUGUAUCGGCAAAUUGCUUUGCCGGUUAUUUUGUUGGAGGGUUGUGUCAAUAUGGCCACAAUCUUCCUUCAACCGAUUCUGUUAUCUUGUAUGGAGAUGGUAAUCAGAAAUCCAUAUUUGUCUAUGAAGAUGACAUAGCAGCAUAUACUAUAAAAUCUAUAGAUGAUCCUCGCACUCUUAACACGACGAUCUAUCUCAGACCUUCCGCAAACAUUCUUUCACAACGAGAACUUGUUGAAAUCUGGGAGAAGCUCAUUGGCAAACAACUUCAAAAGUCAUGUCUUCCGGAACAAGAAUUUCUCAAUAUCAUAAAAGUGAAAGACUAUGCUGAACAGGCAUCGAUGAAUUACUACUACCAUUUCUUUUACCAAGGCUGCCUGGCAAAUUUCGAGAUCGGAGAUGAUGCUGAAGAAGCUUCUAGUCUCUACCCAGAAAUCAAAUACACUAAAAUGGAAGACUACCUCAAGCAAUACCUUUGA